AUGCUCGCUGACAUCGUGUCUCACGUCCUCAGUGUCGAUAGUCCAGCCAGUAGACAGCAUCGCCUUCAAAGUAUCAGUGACAGGAAUCGCGUAUCGUUUCUGAUCCUGCAUAGCCAAUCAAAAGAGAAAAAAGAUCGCAGCUUUAAUGAUGCUCAGCAUGUCUUAUCAGAAUCUCCCUCUUGCCCCGUAGGAUCCAUCUGCUAUCUCCCCGGUUCAAGUAUUUCACUCGACUCCUGCCCCUUCAUCUGUGCUACUCGAGGCGUUAUUACACCUCCCCUGCGUCUGGGCGACUAA